AUCAACCUGAAUUUGAAUAAGGACGUACCAGUUGUGAGAAGAACUCUGAAGGUCAAAAAGCCUCGAUUUGAUGCAUCCUUGGUUUAUUUGACUCGGAAAUUCAUGGAUCUUAUCAGAACAGCUCCAGACGGUGUUCUUGAUUUAAAUGAAGUAGCAACAGCACUUGGAGUACGGAAACGAAGAGUGUAUGACAUCACCAAUGUGUUGGAUGGAAUUCACUUAAUUCAGAAAAGAUCUAAGAAUCUUAUCCAGUGGGUAGGUUCUAAUCUUGGAAAAGCCUCAGAAAAACAAAACCUUAAAGAUGAACUUUCUGACUUGUCAGCCAUGGAAGAAGCUCUGGAUGAAUUAAUCAAGGAUUGUGCUCAUCAGUUAUUUGAACUAACAGAUGACAAAGAGAAUGCAAAACUAGCUUAUGUCACGUACCAAGAUAUCCGCAGCGUGCAGGCGUUUCAAGGACAGAUUGUCAUUGCGAUCAAAGCUCCAGAGGAAACCAAAUUGGAAAUACCAGUUCCUAAAGAAGAUUGCAUAGAAGUACAUGUGAAGAGCACAAAAGGACCCAUCGAUGUGUAUCUGUGUGAGGUGGAACAAGAGAAGCCAAGUGCCAAAACUUUUGAAGAUAUGGAUGCUGUCACUUCUGAAACUGAGUUAUCAUUUCCUCUUGAUGAAGGUAAUGUCUCUCGUUAA